ACCGAUCAAUGCAAAUGACUCGACCUUCAUAUCACUAGUUCAGACUAUAGUAAUCGAGCACCGCUGAAGUGUCAGCGUCCUUAGCCUUUUGGCUAACAGCUCUGAAAAGAUGGCAUCCUCGGACCAACCUGACCACCAAAAUCAGAACGCUGCUCCAGCCAGAGAAGACACUCCUCCGAGAGAAGCGCUGAUUGCCACGGCAGUCAGGUUUCUACAAAACCAGCAAGUUCGUCAAAGCCCCCUGGCAACCAGAAAAGCUUUCUUGAAGAAAAAAGGGCUGACUGAUGAGGAGGUUGAUCUGGCUAUCGAGCGCUCUGGUAGUACGGAGGAGCCGCUGACUGUCGCCGUCCCCAGGCCUGCACACAUCGCUCACCCUGUUCCACUAGCCCCGUACAGUCCCUCAGGUUACAGAUGGAGAGACUACAGUGCCCUGGCUGUCAUCCUGGCAGGAAUGGCCUUUGGCUUUCAUCAUCUCUACCGGAAAUACAUCCUUCCCCUCAUUAUGAGCAGCAAAGAGGACAAGAAGCAUCUGCAGCGGAUCGAGAGCAACAUCGCGGAAAUGAGUGGCACGCUGACACAGACAGUCACCCAGUUGCAGAUGACCCUGGCUUCAGUGCAGGAGCUGCUGGUCCAGCAACAGAAGAAAAUACAGGAGCUGACACAAGAGCUGGCUAACUCACAGGCCUCAUCUGCCACCAACCGCAUGCUGGAGUCUCAGAGCAUCAGUGAACUCAAGGCUGAGAUUGUGUCUCUGAAGGGUCUUCUUCUCAGCAGGAGGCAGUUCCCCGCUUCACCCUCUGUUCCCAAAAUCCCAUCCUGGCAAAUCCCUCUCAAACCCGGAUCGCUGUCCAACCCGCCGUCCGUCAGCCACACCAACAGCAGUAGUGACAUCUCCCCUGUCAGCAACGAGUCAACCAACUCCUCCCCCAUCAAAGAGGGCAACAGCUCCCAGGCUACCCCGUCCAGCUCGCACUGCCUGAACGGAGACGUAGGCCUGGGCUCCAUUCUUCCUCUGGACCUGAAAGACCAGGUCCGUAUGGAAGUCCAGGGGGAGGAGGAGAAGAAAGAGGACGAUGAGGAUGAAGAUGAGGAUGACGACGUGACCCAUGCGGAUGAGGAAGACCACCUGAGCGUGCAGACAGAGGACAGGAGAGGAGGUGACGGACAGAUAAACGAGCAGGUGGAGAAGCUGCGGCGUCCAGAGGGUGCGAGCAACGAGAGUGAGGUCGAUUAGAAACAAACUCCGAACUUCAUCCAUCCAUUCGUUUCUCUCAGUUUCCUUAGAGUUCAUUUAAGUUCUGAUAUCACACCCUCAUUGCAGUAAAACAGCUACCGUGAGCAUCAAUUGACACUGUACGAAAGCACCAGGUGAGGUGGAUUAUGUUCCUUUCACUGCAGUUCUUUACCCUUUUGAAUUUUUAACGUGCAAACCAGAGUGGCGGCACAAACCUUCUGCAAGCCUGAACAAGCACAGCAACAGAAAUUUCUGGAAAGACAACAAAAGAAAAUAUGACUUUUUUUUAUGCAAUCCGUGCAUUUCCCUUAAAAUGCUAGCUAGCUGUUUUACUAGAGACUGUAGUACUCCCACCCCCCC